AUGGCGGUAUUUCCUUGUACUACUAUCGAGACACCCAACCCCCUACACGACGAAUCAGACGAGGUACUUGCAGGGACAAUAGUUCACUUGGCCAAGGAACCAAACGAGGCGGUCUCCCAAGUAGUGGCGGACGAGAUCAUGACACGGCUGCGGAGGCUGCGUAGCCUGGAAAGCGGAAAGGCACCAGAGACGGGAAGCGUAGGAAUCGACGUUACGAGGAUUCAAGAAAGCAUCGUGGACGCCGUGGUGGACGGUGUCGGACAAGGGGCAGGGAGGGCCAUGGAGGAAGUGAGAAAACAGAUGCAGGAAGUCCGGAAGGAGAUGCAGGAGGUCCAGAAGGAGUUGCAAGAGGCCCGGAGGGAACUGCAGGAUCAGAGAAAGAAGCAAGCUCCUGCACCAGCAACAACGGUAGCCCGGUCGUGGGCUGCAGUGGUGGCUGGGGAAGGGGAGCUCCCGAAGAAGAUCAUACCGGGGCGGCUCAACAAGGAAAUACUGGUGAGGGGAUCUAUAGAGCCGUCGCUGACCCGGAGGUCUCCACAAGAGAUCGUCCAGGCGGUCAACGGGGCUUCCGAGAGGAAGGGAGCAGUGGCAGCACGCAAGCUCCCUAGCGGGGAUGUCAUCGUCACUUUUCAAGAUGCUGAAACGAAAGAAUGGCACGCGAAGAACUGA